AGUGUGACGUCACACAUUUAGGAGGGGCUGCUGGCUGUUGUUUUUUUUGCGCGUGUUUGUGUUUGUUUGCUGCCAUUUUUCCGUCUAUAAGCCUCCUCCUUGCUUCAGACAUGAUCCAGCAGCUCCCGGCCGGCGUGGUGGCGGCGAUGCGCCGGUGAGAAGUCGGCCAUGGAAGGAGGCUGCAGCGCGAUGGAGUCCUCUUGGCGUCCCGUCCUCGUCCUGGUCUUGGCCGCCAGCCUGACGUGCUCACCUGCUUGCGCCGACACAACAUUCGGUUGCUUGUUUGAAGACGACCUCUGUGGACCGUACGAGUUCUGUCUCAAUGAUGGAGUGUUCGGAAGGUGUCAGGAGCUGACUGCCGCACAGCCGCUCUACACCUACGAUGUUUCUUCUUCCAGCCUGAACAGACUCACCAUGCUCUUGCACAAACUGGCUCUCAGAGGGCUGACGUGGCAAGAUGACCUCACCCAGCAGGUGAUCUCCCGGGAACUCUCCAAGCUGAGGAGCGUGCCCCUCGGCCAUCCGGCGUCGGCGCCCCUCGUGCCCUACGGCGGGGCCGCAGUCAGGAAGGCGACGCCCGGGCAGGCGGCGCUACAGCAGCUCCUGAAAGGCGUCCACUUCCUGCCAGUCCAGCAGGACUCAGGCGGCACUCAGAAUGAAGACAUUGCGUACGACGAACCAAAGACCGGCUGGAAGCAGACCGGAGUGUACAGCGUUCAGAAAGGAGACCAGGCUCCUGUCACCAAGGUCUUCUCUCACAGCGGCCAGGGCAGACACCCAGACGACAACAAAGCCCCGUCCAACCACCUGGACCAUCUCCUAGGAGGAGGACUCUCGGGGCCCCAGGCUUCAUGGCCCAAAGGAAAGCUCCGCUACCUGAGCUACGUGAGACCACCUCCACGUGACCAACAGGUGACGUUUGGCUCCAAAUCUCCAAAGACCAAUUCGAACCACCUGUUAUUCAAGACGGUGCCAAACCAACUGAGCGGCAAAAAGCAUCUGGAUGACACACUCCAGGAUAUGCUCAAGCAUUUUGGAGGGCCUGGCUUCAACAUGGACACUUGGAUGACCAAAGACCUGGACCAGCUGGCGGAGGUCAUCUCCGGAGCUCUGCCGGCAGCCGACGCCAGGAAGACAGAUUCUGGUGCCACACCUGGAGGUCCAGGAGCCUCCCAUUCAAAUGACGUCAUGGAAACUAAUCAGGACCAAUUGCUUGCUACGGAACCAGUUGGAAGCAACCAAGGCCCGAGUGGGAAAUGGGACAAGGAGUUGAAAGACACAUUGAAAUUUCGACAAGGUCAACCAGAAGACGGAGCAGACAAAGUGCCAAUUGACAAGCAUACGGCCAUCUUCUCCAAGCUCCUGGACUAUCUCAAUACGGACAAGUUUGCCGAUGCCCCGCCAGUGAAAAGCGGGCCCGCACUUGGUCCCAGGCAGAAUGUGGUGGGCCUGGAGAGCGUCCGGAGCCGCACGAUGCAGAGCCAGGCCGCCGCCGCCGCCGCCCCCCACGGCUGGGAGGACAAAAGCGUGUCGGCGCCCGUUGGGGACGGCUCCACCUUGCGUUUGACCAGCGGGGCGGCGGGGCCUGACGCCCACGUGGACCCCGAGAUGGACAGGUGGAUGCAAAAGCUUCAAACCCCCGCCGGGAAGAAGGCGCCGGAAGACGCGGCCGAGAAGGACGUGAGGGUGAAAACUCAGCUGGUCCAUGUGGGAGUGAAGGAGUUCUCCAGCAGAGGGAAGGACAGACACUUUGGCUACAUCAUAACCAGCUCUGACUCCCUCACCUCCGACCAGGCCUUGGAUUUGAUGGAGCGGCUCACGCAGCAGUUGGACCUCCACGCUUCAGACCUCACCCAGCUCACGGUCCUGGGUCCUGCCUUGACAUUCAGAGUCGGCCACAACCCUGAGAAUGUGACAACGGCAGAUCUGGUGCAGAUUGCAGUGCAGCGGAAGCAGCAGCUGGAGAAGGAGACUGGCCUGAAGAUAGUGGAGGCUGGUGUCAGUGACAGGGGCAGCCUGACCCAGAUCCCUGUGGUGAAGGAGACCCGGGUGGAGUCGGGCCAGUUGGUGGUCCUCUCCGUCCUCUGCAUGCUCUUCAUCCUGGUGGCGUUGGCCGUCUCCGCCACCUUCUUCUGCGUGCGCCAGCGCUCCCACGUCUACAGGAAGGAGAAGUUCUCCAGCUUGGGGUCUGACACCGGCGGCGAUGCCACGGCAACCUAUCAGGAGCUGUGCCGCCAGCGCAUGGCCAUCCGGGCGUCGGAGCGCGUGGAACGUCCGGAGACGCUGCGCCACUCACGGCUCAACAGCGUGUCGUCCCAGUUCAGCGACGGCCCCGCCGGCAGCCCCUCCACCCGCAGCAGCACCUCCUCCUGGUGCGAGGAGCCCGUCCCAUCCAACAUGGACAUCUCCACCGGCCACAUGGUACUGUCGUACAUGGAGGACCACCUGAAGAACAAGAACCGUCUGGAGCGCGAAUGGGAGGCCCUCUGCUCCUACCAGGCGGAGCCCGGCAGCUGCAGCGUGGCGCUGGGCGCAAAGAAGUACCGUUCGGACGCCGUGCUGCCUUAUGAUCAUUCCAGGAUCACCCUGAAAGCGAAGAAUAACCACAGCGGCUCCGAUUACAUCAACGCCAGUCCAAUCAUGGACCACGACCCUCGCAACCCCACUUACAUCGCCUCGCAGGGCCCACUACCCUCCACCGUGGCGGAUUUCUGGCAGAUGGUGUGGGAGAGUGGCUGCGUGGUCAUCGUCAUGCUCACCCCCGUCUCGGAGAAUGGCGUCAAGCAGUGCCACCAUUAUUGGCCGGAUGAGGGAUCCGAUGUCUACCACUUCUACGAGGUGAACUUGGUAUCCGAGCACAUCUGGUGCGAGGACUUCCUGGUUCGGAGCUUCUACCUGAAAAACCUGCAGACCAACGAGACGCGCACCGUCACGCAGUUCCACUUCCUCUCCUGGACCGAGCGCGGCGUCCCCGCCACGGCGCGCUCGCUGCUGGACUUCCGCAGGAAGGUCAACAAGUGCUACCGGGGUCGAUCUUGCCCCAUCAUCGUUCACUGCAGUGACGGAGCCGGCAGGAGUGGGACGUACAUUCUGAUCGACAUGGUCCUCAAUAAGAUGGCCAAAGGUGCUAAAGAGAUUGAUAUUGCCGCUACCCUGGAGCACUUGAGAGACCAGAGAGCCAGCAUGGUCCACACAAAGGAGCAGUUUGAGUUUGCACUGACCGCCGUGGCCGAGGAGGUGAACGCCAUCCUCAAGGCGCUCCCUCAGUGAAGGCAAUCCACUUCACCACCAUGCCGUCUUCUUACACCUCUUCCUCUUCUUCGUUCUCUCUCUCUCUCGAUAUAUAUACAGAUAUCAAUAACAAUAAUACAUCUUAUAUGUAAAGCUAUAUACACAGUACCGUUAUGAAUGUCUAAACUACUGAGUGGUCCCUGAACGCACCACGUAUUAGUUAAUUUCACCUCAUGUACACAUUCUAUACCAGGGGUGUCAAACGUACAGAAACUGCUCUUCUGAAUGUGUCCACUGGGUGUCGCAAUAGCAAUUUGUGUGUAACCCAAUUCAGACAUGGCAGUGUUUACAGAUGACGUGUCAGCUGACUUCAAGCGCCCUCGGGAUUGGCUGCCGCUGCUCCAAUCAGCGCAGGUGCCAGCAAUCAGCAGCUCCUGUUGCAGCUGGCAACAAUGGCGGCAGAAUCGACGCACAAUACCUUCUUUAAUUGUAAAUAAUCCACUCAAAGGAGAAAAUAACGAAACGGUAAGAGGCAAAGACUUAAGUCAACAUGGCCAUCAUCUUUUAGUUAGUUACACGCAACCCUCGCUGUUGGUUGAAUUAGUUAUGCGCAGACUGAACUCAAUGAAAAAAAUGUGUGUUUCUCCAUAUGUUCUUUCUUAUAUUUUUUUUAUACUUGAAUAUAUUAUGUUCACAUUGCUUAGGUUCGUGGUUGUUACCUUGAUUUUAGCUGUUGUCAAUUUGAUAAUUGUUUUGUUUAUAUCAGGGGUGUCAAACGUACAGGUUUUAUCCGCCCCUCGAGAUGAGUAUGCAAAAUAUAAAAAAUGAGCCGAAAUUUUUUAAUUAAAAAAAAACAGCCGUUCUAAAUAUGUCCACUAGAUGUAGCUAUAGCAAUUUUUUGUAUCUCUGUAGACCAGGGGUAGGGAACCUGUGGCUCUAGAGCAAGUUGUGGCUCUUUUGAUGACUGCAUCUGGCUCUCAGAUAAAUCUUAGCUGACAUUGCUUAACACGGUAUGUAGUUAAUAAUCCCGCUGGAAAUCAAAGUGUUAAAAAUAACGUUCAAAAUAUAAAACAUUCUAAUGCAUUUUAAUCAAUCCAUCCAUCUGUUUUCUACCGCACCUGUUCAAGGUUGCGGGUGCUCAGCCGAUCCCAGCUGUCCUUCGGGGUACAGGAUGGUCGCAUUAAUGGUAAGAAGUAUUUGCUUUAUUCUUGGUUAGCUUCAAAAUACCAAUCUUAUUAAAAAUAAUAAGAGACUUAUUGUACUCUAAAAAUGGUGGUUUUACUUAAGAAUACAGGCAUUUAGUUGUAUUCAGUGUUAAAAAAUAUUAUAUGGCUCUAACGGGAAUACAUUUUACAAUAUUUGGCUUUCAUGGCUCUCUCAGCCAAAAAGGUUCCCGACCCCUGCUGUAGAUGCUACAUAUGUAAAAAAAAUAAAAAUAAUAACUACAUGAUGUAAGUGCACCAGUCGAGGAAAAUGAGCAAACUACAUAAAUAACAUCCUGUAAUUUGAGUUUGAUAUUAUUUUUUUCAUCCUGAUAGAUUGAAAAUUAACACCAAUGAUUUGACUGAUGAACAUAGUCACAUAAUUUAUUCAGAAAGUAUAAAUAACGAUUAGAGAUGUCAGAUAUUAUCGGCCGAUAAAUGCUUUAAAAUGUAAUAUAGGAAAUUAUCGGUAUCAGUUUCAAAAAGUAAAAUAUAUUACUUUUUAAAACGCGCUGUGUACACGGGCAUAGGAUGUUGUACAGAGCGCCAAUAAACCUUAAAAGCACCGCAUCUGCGUGACGGCCCAGUCAAACAAUAUUUACAUUUUUCACACACACACAAGUGAAUGCAAGGCAUAGUUGGUCAACAGCCAUACAGGUCGGACUGAGGGUGGUCGUAUAAACAACUUUAACACUGUUACAAAUAUGCGCCACACUGUAAACCCACACCAAACAAGACUGACAAACACAUUUCGGACAAACACAUUUCAACAGAACAAAUACCCAGAACCCCUUGCAGCAUUAACUCUUCACGGACAAUACAAUAUACACGCGCGGAUUAUCGGAUAUUGGCAUAAAAGCCAUUAUCGAACAUCCCUAAUAACGACAAAUAAUAUAGAAUACUAACCACAACAUGUAAAGUGUAAAAAACAAAACAAAACAUGAUAUGUAAAUUUUCAGAAUGUGCUCGUUCUAUUUCUAAACAAAGAAAACAAUCUGACGUCUUUAUUUUUAAGUCAUCGUGCUGUGAAUUUUCCCAGUUUGACACCCCUGGUUCAUAUUAUAAUUAAUGUAAUAUUCGAAUGAUGAAAAGUGCGGAAAAACAGGAAGUGCUUUAAGUUUAAUGGCUUUGUAAAAACACCUGAGACAAAGUCCAAGUUAAAUGCGUUCUUCAUGGUUUUUUGGAAACUGCCGUUUUUUUCCCCCUCAGAAUUUUCAACUAACAUGAGGUGUUUUGCAAAGCAUAUUUGUAAUGUGUACAUUUUCGGGAUGUGCUUCUUCUAUUUUGACCAAAGUAAGACAAAGAAAAUCUGAAGUUGUCUUUAAUUUGAAGUUAUCAUGCCAUGAUUUUACCAGCCGGGCCCUGAGCUAAAAUGAGUUUGACACCCCUGUUCUGUAUCAAAAAAAGUCAUUUUACAUGAAUAAAUCUGUACUCGAUAACAUGUAGUUUAAUAUGAGAAUGUUUAGCCUUAGUAACAUGUGUCCAAUAACACUUUAUGACAAAGAAUUACAAGACUAAAGUCUUUAUAUUACAAGAAUAAUGUUAUUUUGAUUGUGCUCAGAUUACAAUGUAUUGUGUUACAAUACUGCUAUAUUGCAAUAGUGUGUUUCUGUGACUCUAGUUAGUGUCCAUAUGUCACUGCUAUUAUAAGCUACUAGUUAGUAGGACUAGACCUAGACUAGUUAUUGUUGUUACAUUGAUCACUGCCCAGUAAACAUGUUGUAUAGUGUCAUCUAUGGCAAAAAUACGGUCUAUUUUGUGUCAACAUUCACAUUGAUAAUAAAUUGAAAUGAAAGCAGA